AUGGGCUCCUUACCAGCAGAUUUUUUUGUCAGCUCAACAGCGUUUACCAAAACCACGCAUAUACACAAGUACAAUGCAAUUGAUCCUACUUCUGUAAGCCUCUUGCAAAAUGGAAAGGUCGUGAUCGUGACUGGAGCCAACCGCGGUUUGGGGCGCAAGUCCUUUGCUACUGCAUUUGCUCGAGCAAACGCUAAAGCUAUUAUUCUGGUUGCUCGCAGUAUUAGCUCCCUAGAUGAUGUUGAAAAAGAUAUCAGUAGGAUCAAUCCUGAUGUACAGGUUCUGAAAGCCGAAGCAGAUAUAACGGAUCUUGCUGCUGUGGAAGAAGUCUACCGCAAGGUCAAGGAUACGUUUGGCACUGUCGAUAUCUUAGUCAAUAAUGCCGGAGCAUUUGUUUCGAACGGAUCUCUGGCUGACGCUGAGGUGAAGGAUUGGUGGAAAGAUUGGGAGGUCAACGUAAAAGGAACCUUCCUCAUGACCCAAGGGUUUUUGAAACUUGUUGGACGUGAAAAAUCGGCUACUAUUAUUAAUCUAGCAACCAGUGGCAGUAUCGGGAUCUAUCCGAAUAUCUCUUCUUAUACUGUGUCAAAAUUAGCGGCCAUCCAUCUGCAAAGAUUUGUUUCUGCCGAGAACCCAAACGUCACGGCGAUGGCUCUUGACCCAUGUUUGGCAGACACAGAUAUGCUACUUGAUGAUUUCAAGACAAUGAACCUGAUUGACUUUGACUUGAUUGGUGGAGCUGCCCUUUGGCUUUCGACAGACCAAGCUAAAUUCAUGAGUGGAAGGCUGUUCAAUGUUACCUGGGAUGUUGAAGAGUUGAUUGAGCGGAAAGAAGAGAUACUCAAGGAAAAUCUCCUGGUGUUUGGGUUUCAAGGAAGACUAGGUAGUGACCAGUUCCAAUGA